ACCUCCCGCAGCAAACUAACAGGUGUCCUCUCCUCUCCAGACCCACCGUCAUUUCACCGGGGGGCUUCAGACUCUUUCCCUCUACCGAUCUGAACGCUGCUCUUUAGUUUACCUUACAACUUCUAGCUAAACGCUUACACACACAUCUUAAAAUGAUGCAUUCGGCUCAGAAAGACACCACUUACACAAAGAUCUUUGUGGGAGGUCUUCCUUAUCACACAACGGAUACAAGUCUAAGGAAGUAUUUCGAGGUAUUUGGAGACAUCGAGGAAGCUGUGGUCAUCACCGAUCGACAGACGGGGAAAUCCAGAGGUUAUGGAUUUGUGACCAUGGCAGACCGGACCUCUGCUGACCGAGCUUGCAAGGACCCCAACCCCAUAAUUGAUGGCAGGAAGGCUAAUGUGAACCUGGCCUACCUGGGGGCCAAGCCCAGGGUCAUACAGCCAGGUGAGGGACUGGACCACAGCUUUAUUUCCCAACUUCAAGACGAUCAAGGAUUUGCAUUUGGUAUGCCUCAGAUCCAUCCAGCAUUCAUCCAAAGGCCUUACGGUGUCCCUGCACACUAUGUCUACCCUCAGGCCUUUGUCCAGCCCAGCAUGAUGAUCCCUCAUGUACAACCUUCUGCUGCUACAGCAACAGCUGCUGCUGCCACUUCCCCAUACCUUGACUAUACUGGAGCAGCGUAUGCCCAGUACUCUGCGGCUGCCACCGCUGCUGCAGCUGCUGCUGCCUAUGAGCAGUAUCCUUAUGCUGCCUCACCAGCACCAACAAGCUACAUGACUGCAGCAGGGUACGGAUACGCUGUCCAGCAGCCACUCUCCGGUUCUGCCACCCCGGGAGCUGCCGCCGCUGCUGCCGCCUUCAGCCAGUACCAACCUCAGCAGCUCCAGACAGAUCGCAUGCAGUAAAACCAUGAAAACUAACUUUAAGCAGGAAAGAAGGGGAGGUCAAAUCAUCCCAUGAUGAAGGCACUGUUAUGAUGGUUGUCACACCCUGGUUUUAACUUGGCAGUCCUUAAACCAAAGAGCCUGAAGAAAUCACCAAAAAUGUGGAGCGAAAGGAAGAUUAACUAUAUUUUUUAUUCAAGUGAGAUCAUAAUUUUGGCACUAUUGAGUAUAAAUAUUUAAUAUUUAUUCAGCAGGAAAGUAUUUAAUAUUAAUUGAAGUAAACUCACUGGACCUCAUGUCAUCCAUCGCUGAAUUGUAUAUAUAUACAUAUAAUGCACUGGAAUUUGUAUAAAAGUUCCAAGUGCAUUCACGUCUUAUGACCAGGUUUUUUCCCCACUUCUUUGAAAACCAAAACACUAACCCAACCAAAACACUUGCAUGCAUAUGAAAACAGUAUGUCAUUAUGCAGGUUUCAGUAUUUCAAAGUUUUGGACCUGUAUUUUGUUUGGAAAAAGCUAUGCAAACAUUGAUAUAGAGGUUAAGAUUGUCGUCUUUUUUUAUAACUGUUUGGCGUGAGAUAGAUUAGAUACUGUCUACUAGUUCCCUAUAAAUGUAUUUGUUUUGAUGUUCAUAAGACAAUAUACUGAAGUGACAGCUGAAGGCACUCACUUUUCUUCCUUUUAAAUUGCACCUCCAGUACAUUUUGCAAAAGGGAAGAAACACUUGUUGAAUGUGAAUUUUUCAUUUUGACAAAAUGUUUCAUAAUGUGCCUUUUUUAAAUUAUGCUAUUUAUGUAUUUAUUAUGGAGCCUUACAGUAAUAAACCCUUUAUCUUGUGUUUAAGUAUAAAGCCUAGAACAAUUCCACAUAUGCUUCCUCAUAGUAUUAAAGAGCAUGUGAUGGGUGUUUAAACUUGGCUUAAAAA